UCAAGUGGAUAAACCGCCAGGCCCCGGCAAACAGCUCUGUAUCCCGCACUUUUUUUUCUUAAAUCAAAUCCCUCCGUUCUUACUCUGACAAGUGAGGAAGGAGAAGAAAACGGAGAGACAGAGAUAGAGAGAAUGGUUAAUCACACCGUGUACAUUUCUCUUCUGAUCCUUUGGGUUUCUGCAAUUUCUAUCACGGUCGCAGUUCGAGUGGUACCUCUUCCUGAAAAUAACGAAAGACCCGCGUUGAAAUCCAACCUUUUCGAUACUUCUAAUUAUGGAAAACUGCAACUCAACAACGGAUUGGCUCAAACGCCUCAGAUGGGAUGGAAUAGCUGGAAUUUCUUUGCCUGCAAUAUUAACGAAACUGUUAUUAAGGAAACAGCUGAUGAACUCAUCUCGACUGGUUUGGCUGAAUUAGGUUAUGUUUAUGUGAAUAUAGAUGAUUGUUGGUCUUCCCCUUCAAGGAGUCUACAGGGCAGUUUGGUCCCUGAUCCAGAAACCUUUCCAUCCGGUAUUAAAUCCCUUGCUGAUUAUAUACAUGAGAAGGGCCUCAAGCUUGGUAUUUAUUCUGAUGCUGGGGUUUUUACAUGUCAAGUUCGGCCUGGAUCCCUUUUUCACGAGAGUGCUGAUGCUGAAUUAUUUGCAUCUUGGGGUGUAGACUAUUUGAAGUAUGACAACUGUUACAACCUAGGGAUCAAACCAGAGAAAAGAUACCCACCUAUGCGUGAUGCUCUAAAUGCAACUGGCCAUACAAUUUUCUAUUCACUUUGUGAAUGGGGCGUGGAUGACCCUGCCUUGUGGGCAGGUGGAGUUGGAAAUAGUUGGCGAACAACGGAUGACAUCAAUGACUCAUGGGCAAGUAUGACCACAAUCGCUGAUCUUAAUGACAAGUGGGCUGCAUAUGCUGGGCCUGGUGGGUGGAAUGACCCAGAUAUGUUAGAAGUUGGCAAUGGAGGCAUGACUUACCAGGAGUACCGUGCACAUUUCAGUAUUUGGGCAUUGAUGAAGGCACCUCUUUUGAUAGGUUGUGAUGUAAGAAACAUGACUGCAGAAACAUUGGAGAUUCUGAGCAAUAAAGAGGUCAUUGCUGUAAACCAAGACCCACUUGGGGUUCAAGGCCGGAAAGUCUAUGCUGAAGGAAAGGACAACUGCAAACAGGUUUGGGCAGGCCCUCUGUCUGGAAACCGGUUGGUAGUGGCCUUUUGGAACCGGUGUUCAAAAGCAGUCACAAUCACAGCCAAAUGGGAAGCAUUGGGCCUUGACCCAACCAUCAGUGUUUCUGUACGAGAUAUAUGGAAGCAUGAAGAUAUGCCAGAAGAUGCUUUGACAUCAUUCAGCACUCAAGUUGAUUCUCAUGAUUGUAAGAUGUAUAUCUUCACUCCCCAAAUGGCAUAUCAGUUUGCAGUUUAGUCAUUCCAUUGGAUUCAAGUACCCGGCCUAAGUCAGAUGUGCUGUACGAUGUAUACUGGUUUUCAAUCCCAGCCCAUCCACCAAGAUGGGGCAUGGCUCUAUAUAUAGGAAUGUAGCAGUAUGAUAUCUUUGCACAUGGAUAUUAACCGUAACUGAAAUUUAUCUAGUAUCAGCAUAUGGUUAUGUUGUGCACUUUGAAAGCAAUGUGAUUAAGGGGUGUUAUAAGUGAAAACAAUGUGAUUUAAGGGGUGACUUUGCUGGUUUCCUCUUUUCUUUGGUUAUCAA